GACAAACUACAAGCAAAUUUCUAGCAGCGGCGGCGGCGUUGUUGCUGACGUUAAUGGCCGUCCCUAGUUUUCCGGCCACCGUGUCAGGCGCCGUGUACAAAGUCGGCGGCGCCGCUACUUGGAAGGUUGGUGGAGUUGAUUAUCGCCAGUGGGCUUCCAACAAGACUUUCCAUGUUGGCGACACCAUCACUUUUGAAUACGAUCCACAUGUUCAUAACGUUCUACGUGUGAGCCACGAAGACUACAUUUCCUGCAACACGACGUCGCCCGUAGCCACAUACGUCUCCGGCAACGACUCCAUACAAAUUCUGGGCCUGGGUCACUACUACUACGUUUGUGGGUUCGAAGGCCACUGCCGGGCUGGACAGAAGGUGGACAUCAGAGUUCCGAAGGUUGAUCAGCCCACUGAACUGUCCAACGGGCCACAUGCGGAGUCUCCCCAUGGCCCAUCACCUUCACCCACUCACGGCCUUGCUCGACAUGGGCCCCCACAUUUGAAGGCGCGUUAUAGCACGGUAAAUGAGCGUCACAUUUACCAACUCGAAAAUGAGUUACAGAAUCUUCGUCAGAAAGGUCAAACUAUGGUCGUUUAUUAUAAUCAAUUUGUCACCAUUUGGAAUAAACUUUAUGGCAUGGAGGAUCCCACUUGUGGUUGCAAGUGUGAGGCGGUGGCCCUGUUGAAGGAUCGGGUGGACAAAUCAAAAACUCGGAAGUUUCUAUUGGGUUUGGAUGAUGAGCAAUUUGGUAGCAUCCGUGGGCAAAUACUUGGGACUCAACCGUUAGUGGAUCUUAACAAGGCGUUCUAUUUAAUCACCCAAGAAGAACGACAUAAAAGUGUGGUUCGUGCUCGUGACGAUCACACGGAUGCCAUGGCGUUUGCUACCACACGGACGACCCCUAACAUAGGACGUGGACGUAAUUCCUUUAGUCGAGGGGGAGGUCGCGGGAACCGAGGAGGCCGGUCUGCUGCCCAGCCGGUACCCACUGCCGUAGGUACUGCCGCCGGCCAGCAUGGGGGCAGCGCUGGACCUUCGGCUCAUGCUGCGGCCGAGGCACCCCCGUCCCUCUCUGCGUUAGCACCUGAUCAAGUUGCCUGGUUGUUUUCCAUGCUAGAAUCAUCGCCAUCAACUUCUGACAGGUUGCAAGAUGUUUCGUUUGACAAAACUAUUUUCCCGUUUGCUUUGUCCAAUAAACCACCCACGCCAUCCCCACUGCCGAGCAUCCGGCUGCCCACUACCCAUGCGUAUUUUCCCACCGCCGAACCCCUUGCCGAGCGUCCAGCUAUUUCUCUUAUGUCUCCGGUGUCCCUAUCGUCCUCCGGGCAAUCACCUCCCCAUUCCGAUAGCGACAGCAAGUCUGCCCCGGACAUUCCGCCGUCGCCUGUUCGUCCCACCCGUGAUCGGCGACCUCCUGUCAGGUUGUCCGACUACUACUGCCAUACCGCCCGGACAUCUACUCCUAUUUCUCCUCACAUUGUUUCGUCUAAGUCUUCAGGUACGCGAUAUCCUAUCCACAAUUUUGUUCAUUAUGAGAAAUUGCAUGACAGCGAUAGGAUCUCGUCCUCAGAGGACUGCUCCUCUGAGGACUCCACCUCAUCUUCCUCGACCGGGUCUUCUUCUCCUGAAUCCACGCCCGGUCAGGUUCCCCACUCCUCUAUUCCCGACCCGCAUCCUGUUAAUCAGAUGCCCGGUGAAACGUUCGUGGGGAGGGAUGACCCAGUCGAUGACGAACCGGGCCCCUAUGACCCUGAAAACGAAACCCGGGAUGCGUGGGAGGAACGACUUCAUGCUGCCGGUUACUUUCCGCUCCCCACCUUCUACGUCCUUGACAUCCCUUCCCGUGUAUCCAAAAUCGCCUUGAACAAAAUUCGUAGGAGGCUCCCGGAUGGGUAUACCCUCCUCUAUGAACCCAACUGGCCCAACAUUGUCGAACCCCACCGGGAGGACAGGAUAGGGUUCCAUACCAUAUCACUGGAUGCGGGCAUAGUUUUUCCCCUUCGCCCCCUCCUAACCGAAGUAUGCCACACGUUUAGGAUUUUGCCCGGUCAAAUAACACCUAACGCCCACCGGUAUCUCCAUUCCUUUGUAAAUAUCUGUACUCAUUUGAAAAUCUUCCCCUCUUUGCGUCUUUUUCUCUUUUGCUUUGAAGUCCUACUGGGCGGAUCUGGCUGCGAAGGUUUUGUAUUCUUCAAAGCCCGUACCGGUAGGAAGUUCAUUUCUGAAGUCCUCCAGAGUAACCGGGGAUGGAAGGAAAAGUUUGUUUUCAUCGAGUUUCCCCCCUACGUCACUCCUUUGGCCGGUCUGAAAUGGAACGAGCAUCUCCUCGACCAAGAGUAUGCUGCACCGGCUUCCUCCCCAGACUUGGAAGCGAAUCUUGAGGUCCUUAUGCGCGGGGAUCCUUUCACCGGGAGGAUCUUCCAUUAUGGCAGCUGGGUUUGGAGGGUGGAGUCGGGUGGUGAGGAUACCUCCCAGGCCCAUGAAGCAGCGGGGCGCGGGGUACCCUCCCCGAGCAACACUGCAGAGGCUGAGGGCCAAAACCACCCAGAUAUGGAGUUCAAGGAGUUCGCCAUCCCUGACGACCAACCAGUCGGGGAGACCGGGGGCUCCCAAGCCAAUACUGCCAGGACCUUCCCGGUCAAUCCAGAGACCGUGGAAAUCCUCGACGAAGAUGAGCCCCAAGACAACCGGUCUAAGGGGAAGGAAAAGGAAAAGACCGGUCGACGGAUGAAGAAGGUGGCCACCACACACCCUUCCUAUGCCAAGAAGAGGGCAAGGUCGGAUCCUGAGCCGGCCGGCCAGACCAUUGAAGAGGCCUUCAUUAAUCUGGGGCUGAGGCUGAAGGAGGCGGGGGAGAUUGGGCCGCACACAGUGGACCGGUUGGGGAUGAGUUCCCCUUCUGAAGUCGACCGACUGAAGAGGGAGAAAGAAGAGAUGGCCCUUAUCUUGAAGAGCCAGGCUGAUGAGCUGAUCAGGCUGUCUGGGCUAGCCGGGGCCAUGAAGACCGAGAUCUCCCAGCUGAAGGAGGAGAAUGGCCGGCUCAUGGAUGAAGUCUCUGAGGCCAAGAGGGAAGCUGCGGAGAAGGAAGAAGCAUUCCCCGGGCGCGCUGUCGCCUGGGUUGAAGAGAACAAGGCCGCUGCUGCCCGGGUGAUGACGGCGACGCCGGAGACCGCGAUGGAGUCCUUCAGGCUUCUGUACCGGGAGCCUGAAGGAAGGAAAAUGAUUACCGCGAUUGGAUCCUUCGGAUUCAAGAGCGGUCAAAAGAAAGACCGGAUUGUUGGAAUGCAUGAGUUCAACCCUUUCUGUGUUGUUAAGUCUUGACUCACAGGUUUUGAUAAUUGACAAACACAAUUUAUUCAAGUCAAGAUCAAAGUGCUACAACGACAAACACGAAGACUUGAAGUGCCAUUC